AUGAGCUGCGAAUCUCUUUGUGAGUUUUGGGAGCUUCCCAAGAAUACAGUGAAACUGGACGAUUGCAACAACCUUGUGAGUCUCCCAACGAACAUUUGGAAGUUGAAAUCUCUGAAGAGAAUUGAUCUCGGUUCGUGCUCCAAAUUUCAGUACUUCCCAGAAAUCUCGGAGGCUAUGGAACAUCUGGAGGUUCUAAAUUUAUCAUAUACAGCGGUUAAAGAGCUACCCCCAUCAAUUGAAAAUCUAGUUGCGCUUCGAAAUUUAGAUCUCAGUCAUUGCAACAACCUUGUGAGUCUCCCAACGAACAUUUGGAAGUUGAAAACUCUGAAGAGGAUUGAUCUCGGUUCGUGCUCCAAAUUUCAGUACUUCCCAGAAAUCUCGGAGGCUAUGGAACAUCUGGAGGUUCUAAAUUUAUCAUAUACAGCGGUUAAAGAGCUACCCCCAUCAAUUGAAAAUCUAGUUGCGCUUCGAAAUUUAGAUCUCAGUCAUUGCAACAACCUUGUGAGUCUCCCAACGAACAUUUGGAAGUUGAAAACUCUGAAGAGGAUUGAUCUCUGUUCGUGCUCCAAAUUUCAAUACUUCCCAGAAAUCUCGGAGGCUAUGGAACAUCUGGAGUUUCUAAAUUUAUCAUGUACAGCAGUUAAAGAGCUACCCCCAUCAAUUGAAAAUCUAGUUGAGCUUCCAAAUUUACUUCUCGGUGGUUGCAACAACUUUGUGAGUCUCCCAACGAACAUUGUUAAGUUGAAAUAUCUGGAGUGCCUUGAUCUCAGUCAUUGCUCCAAAUUUCAAAACUUCCCAGAAAUCUUGGAGACUAUGGGACUUCUGGAGUUUCUAAAUUUAUCAUAUACAGCGGUUAAAGAGGUACCCCCAUCAAUUAGAAAUCUAGUUGCGCUUCGAAAAUUAGAUCUCAGUCAUUGUAAGAACCUCGAGGUUGUCCCUGAUGACCUCUUUCGCUUAACCUCAUUACAAGUGUUAAAUCUGAGUAGCACUGAAAUUAAGAGCUUACCUGCAAGCGUCAAACAAGCUGCUCAGCUGUCUCACUUGUGCCUCAUCAAUUGCAAGAGCCUUGAAUCUUUACCAGAGCUCCCCACAUUGCUGCAACAUCUUGAAGCAGGUGGUUGCACGUCACUGAAGACAGUGUCCAGUUCAAGCACUUUGGAUGAGAAUGCACGAAGCAACAUAUUGGCUGAUGCACAGCUUAGAAUUAUGCGAAUGGCUACUGCAACAGCAUCUUCAAAGUGUAAAGAAGACAAAAAUGAGAGGGAAUCUUUCGUUGCCAGUGGAUGUGCUAUGAUGUCCAUAUCCCAGGAAUCUUCCGUUGCCAUUAGAUGUUCUGGGAAUGAAAUUCCAAAUUGGUUCAGCCAUAAAAGUGAGGGAUGUUCAAUAAAGAUUGAGCUUCCUCGUGAUUGGUUUAGCACAGAUUUCUUGGGUUUCGCUCAAUCUCUUGUUGUUGCAAACAAGAGAGGCUCUGAUCCAUCUUUUCUUCAGUAUUUCAGGCUUGGAUGCAAGUACAACUUCAAAACUAGUAAUGGUGAAAGCCAUGAAGUCAACCAUCCUUUGUGUGAUCUAGACGGGGAUAUUGAAAGCAGAGAUUCACAUGAGGUGUUUGUGUGGUGGUAUAGUGAUGUCUUUGAAGAAGAAGUAGAGGGAGCUCAAAGCCCCACUGCGUUUUACAAACUUGUUACUGAGGUCAAUGUUGACUUCACCGUAAUGGAUUAUUAUUCCUAUUGGGAGGAGGAGGUGGAGGUGGUGGUGGAAAAGUGUGGGAUAUGUCUGUUGUAUGGCAAAGAUGCUGAGAUGAUAAAGCAGAGGGCUUUGUAG